AUGCGAACAUUUACUCUUUUAUUUAUCCUCAACCUCUUUACAGGCGGUGCUGCUGGAGCCGUUUCGCGGAUCACCGGUACUUUAGGCAAGGGCAUUGCAGCUCUAACGCUGGACGAUGAUUAUAUGCGCAAGCGUCGCGAACAACUUGCCAGACGGCCUGACACUCUUGGUGCUGGUCUGGCUCAAGGCGGUCGCGGCCUUUUUAUGGUUAAUUAUGCUUUUAUGGGUUAA